CGUCGAGCGAGGCGGCGCGCCGCCCGGCUGCGCCUCGCCCUCGGGUGACCACCGCCGUGCUCCCCGCCCCUCGCUCUCGGGCUGAGCCUGCGGCCAGACGCCUGGCGCCCCUCGGCUAGCCUCCUGCGCCCGGCCACCUCCUCCUCCGCAUUUUCCUCCUCCUUCUCCCCCGCCUCUUCCGUUUCUGGAGGGAAAGGCUGCAGCCUCCUGGGCUCCGCAUCCCGGCUUAGGUAAUACGUUUUCCUCCUUACGCCUCGCUUGCCCCGGCGCCACAACCUCCCUUCCUGCUCGGAUCUGGGUCCCCGGGCUGGGUGAACAGCACGCACCGCAUCGCCUCUCCGGACUGUAGCUGACGGCCCAGAGGGUGGGUGCCUAUUCCACCAGCAACUGCAACCAAAAUGCCAAGUUUAGAAAUGUCAGAGAUCCUCCGGGAGCUGCUCCGUGUCUCUGAGAAAGCUGCCGACAUUGCCCGGGCGUGCAGGCAGCAGGAAGCCCUCUUCCAGCUACUGAUAGAAGAAAAGAGAGAGGGAGAAAAGAACAAGAAGUUUGCAGUUGAUUUCAAGACCCUGGCUGAUGUACUGGUGCAGGAAGUUAUAAAACAGAAUAUGGAGAACAAGUUUCCAGGCUUGGGAAAAAAAAUUUUUGGAGAAGAAUCCAAUGAGUUUACUAAUGAUUUGGGGGAAAAGAUUAUCAUGAGACUGUGUCCAACAGAGGAAGAAACAGUAGAUCUUCUCAACAAAGUCCUUAGUGGUAACAAGCUGGCAUCUGAAGCGUUAGCCAAGGUUGUACAUCAGGACGUCAUCUUUACUGACCCAGCUCUGGAUUCAAUAGAGAUCAGCAUUCCACAGGACAUUUUGGCAAUUUGGGUGGAUCCCAUAGAUUCAACUUACCAGUAUAUAAAAGGUUCUGCUGACAUUAAAUCCAACCAAGGCAUCUUCCCCAGUGGACUUCAGUGUGUCACUAUUCUAAUUGGUGUCUAUGACAUACAGACAGGAGUGCCCCUGAUGGGCGUCAUCAACCAGCCUUUUGUAUCACAAGACCUAGGCACCCUCAGGUGGAAAGGACAGUGCUACUGGGGCCUUUCUUACAUGGGGACCAAUAUCCAUUCACUCCAGUCUCCGCUCUCUGCAAGGAACAGCCGUGAAGCGCGGAGCCCGGUGACCGCAAACCCCAGCUCGGGGGCAGAAAGCCCCCACCCGUUCUCAGCCGUCAUCAGCACGAGUGAAAAGGAGCCGAUCAAGGCCGCGCUCACGCGCGUGUGUGGAGAGCGCAUAUUCCGGGCGGCUGGGGCUGGUUACAAGAGCCUCUGUGUUGUCCUCGGCCUUGUCGACAUUUACAUCUUCUCAGAAGAUACCACGUUCAAGUGGGACUCCUGUGCUGCCCACGCCAUCCUCAGGGCCAUGGGUGGGGGCAUGGUGGACUUAAAAGAGUGCUUGGAAAGACAUCCCCAGGCGGGGCUCGACUUGCCGCAGUUGGUGUACCACGUGGGAAACGAGGGCGCUGCGGGGGUGGAUCAGUGGGCCAACAAGGGAGGACUCAUCGCCUACAGGUCAAGGAAGCAGCUGGAGGCGUUCCUGAGCCUCCUCAUCCAACACCUCGCCCCCAAGGACACACAUACAUAGGUGAGCUCCGUCCUCGUGGACUCCUGCACCCAACUGUGAACCUACUCCCCACAUCUCUAUCUUUGGAAGAUAGCUUUGUCCUAUUGACGGUCAACAUUCACCUUCCUCAUUUGAGGAGCAUUUUUCCAUUAUGUGUUCAUAAUGUUAAUGUCAAUAAAUGAAUGAUAUUCAUGCAGCAA